UUUUUUUUGAUUCCAGAGUCAAAAGCUUUUAAUAACUAAUAAUGUCUUACAACACUUUUUAUUUGUGUUUAAUUUUUGCGUUGGGAUACAUAUUCUUUGGAGUUGAAUCAUAUAUUCCCGUAGGACGUAUAGGUCAUUCCUCUACACUUAUUGGAAAUAAGAUAUAUUAUUUUGGUGGAAUAACAGACGUAGGAGCAUCAUUAAAUGAUGUAUUUUAUCUUGAUUUAUCUCAACCAUUUAAUGUAGCAAAUCCACCAUGGAUUAAAAUAACUGAUAUUCCGUUUGGAAGUUCAUGGGGAUCUGUUGCAUUAGAUAAUUCUAAUAAUACAGAAGUAUAUCUCUUUGGAGGAAUAACGGAUGAUUGGUACUGCUCCCUCAAGACGAAUAGAAAUGAAAGCUAUUAGUGAUAAUUCGGGAAAAAUUUAUAUUUUUGGUGGAGCUGCUAAUUUUUUAGUAGGUGCACAAACCAGAACGUUUUUUAGCGAUAUGAUAACUUUUGAUAUCGCUGAUUCAUCAUGGUCAAUUAAUACUGCGGUUAAUGGACGUGCUACAUAUUCAGCGACAUUAUUAUCAAAUGGUAUUAUUGUGUAUGUAGGAGGACUUGAACCUUUUAAUGGAAAUAACGAUGUAGUCCUAAUAGCAGAUAUUUCAAAAAUUCUUCUUUUUGAUACAAAUUCUUUAACAUGGUCAAUGAACUCAGCAAGAAUUACAGCUUCAAUACCAGUCGAAAAUCGUCAGAGGCAUUCAGCAGUAUUAGGCCACACAAAUUCGAAUUUUCGGUUCACUUCACCCGGCCGGGUCACUUUUUCAAAUUUCAAUAAAAAAAAGUUUAUAUAUAAAAAAUUUAUCAUGUGAUCAGAACGUAAUUUUAUUGGCGGGUAAGUUUAUCACGCGGCUGAGAACUUCUAGAGCGAAAAUAAAUUCCUCCCUUUUAAAAGUCAACCAAUCAAAUGUCAC